CCAGUGCUUUCUUCUUCAAAGUGCCGUCGAAGUCCUUGCCGCCCCAGUGCGUCUCCAUGGACACACCCUCUUCAGGACGUCCCAUCUUCUGACAUGAAAUCAUUCAGGAAUGAUUCGGGUCCAGAUCCAGUUCAUCUGUUAAGGAAGGAGGUAUACAGCCCACAUUAGGCACUUGACAAGUUUCAACAAUCCGGCAGGAGACCAAACACUUGGGCUAGAAAAAGAGACAUGUAGGGAAGAGGAUGUUUAAGAAGCCGCCCUGCUCCUGCCAUCCAUCCCCAAACAGCUAGGAGCUGCCACAACUCUGGUUUCCAUAAAGUUACCCAUCAGCUCGGUGAAUCUUGCUGUGCUGGGGAACCCCGCAGUGACUGACACAAUCUUUCAGAGUGGUGGAGGUCAGCAGCAGUGAUGGUCAGAACUGGAGUAAAUGGGUCAGUUGGAUCAUUUGCACUGGACCCUGUGCUUGGUAGAGGCCCUGCCCAAUGAGAGUUUCUCCUCCAGACAGGAAAGGAGUCAUUAGCGGCAGAGAGGCAAAGGCAGCUCAAGCAUCUCAUCCGACGUGAGUUCAAGUACAGAUCACACACCGACCAAAGCGCAGAAGAAUGCAGCUACCAGUGAAGUCAUCUUCCUUCACCAUAAAAUGAUUAUUUCAGUCCAGGAAGUGGAAAAGGAAAUGAACAGAGGAGUUACUUAAUGGCUAAUGAAAGACUUUGAAGCCAAAGGUUUGGAGAGAAAAGACUCCGACCUGAGCAUGCGCACGCUCAGCACGCCUAGCCCAGCACUAAUAUGUCCUCAGAAUUUGCACGGGUUCCAGAAUGGAAGAGGGUCGUCGACCUCCUCGUCCUCGGUCACCGGGGAGACCGUGGCCAUGGUCCAUUCGCCCCCUCCCACGCGCCUGACCCACCCUCUCAUCCGACUAGCGUCCAGACACCAGAAGGAGCAGGCCAACGUCGACCGGCUCCCGGACCACGCCGUGGUCCACAUCUUCUCCUUCCUGCCCACCAACCAGCUGUGCCGGUGUGCCCGGGUAUGCCGCCGCUGGUACAACCUGGCCUGGGACCCCCGGCUCUGGAGGACUAUCCGCCUGACAGGCGAGACCAUCAACGUGGACCGGGCACUCCGCGUGCUCACCCGGAGGCUGUGUCAGGACACGCCCAAUGUAUGUCUCAUGUUGGAGACGGUGACGGUUAGUGGCUGCAGGCGGCUCACGGAUCGAGGACUCUAUACCAUUGCCCAGUGCUGCCCCGAACUGAGGAGGCUAGAGGUGUCGGGCUGUUACAACAUCUCCAACGAGGCGGUGUUUGAUGUGGUGUCCCUGUGCCCUAACCUGGAGCACCUGGAUGUAUCAGGGUGCUCCAAAGUGACCUGCAUCAGCCUGACCCGCGAAGCCUCCAUCAAGCUGUCCCCCUUGCACGGCAAACAGAUCUCCAUCCGCUACCUGGAUAUGACGGACUGCUUCGUCCUGGAGGACGAGGGGCUGCACACCAUCGCCGCCCACUGCACCCAGCUCACCCACCUGUACUUGCGCCGCUGCGUCCGCCUCACCGACGAGGGCCUCCGCUACCUGAUGAUCUACUGCGCCUCCAUCAAGGAGCUGAGCGUCAGCGACUGCCGCUUCGUCAGCGACUUCGGCCUGCGGGAGAUCGCCAAGCUCGAGUCGCACCUGCGGUACCUCAGCAUCGCCCACUGCGGCCGCGUCACGGACGUGGGCGUCCGCUACGUCGCCAAGUACUGCGGCAAGCUGCGUUACCUCAACGCCCGGGGCUGCGAGGGCAUCACAGACCACGGGCUGGAGUACCUGGCCAAAAAUUGCACGAGACUCAAGUCCCUGGACAUCGGCAAGUGCCCCCUGGUCUCAGACACCGGCCUGGAGUGUCUGGCCCUGAACUGCUUCAACCUCAAGCGUCUGAGCCUCAAGUCCUGCGAGAGCAUCACGGGCCAAGGCCUGCAGAUCGUGGCUGCCAACUGCUUCGACCUGCAGAUGCUCAACGUGCAGGACUGCGACGUGUCGGUGGAGGCCCUGCGCUUUGUCAAACGCCACUGCAGGCGCUGCAUCAUCGAGCACACCAACCCCGCCUUCUUCUGAGGGGACGGCCUUGGACCCUGGCCCUCUGGCACGGGGAUGAAAAGCCCAUGUCUUAAGACAACCUAUAUAAGCACACCAACCUCCUGCGGGCAGCAGGCACGGUUUCCCGGAUGGCCCUUAGGAAACCGCCAUCUUUCCGUUCUUUGAUCUGGUCCGUGGGAGGUUGAAGGGGGUGGGGAGGGGGGAAGAAAAGAAAUCUAACCAAUAUUUCGAUUUUAAUAAUCACCCGAUGGCUCGGUUGGGAAGAUUCAGACAGCAUCCCUUCACUUAGAAGGAGUGCUUCCUCUGGCCCGUUGAAAUGCUAGGAAUUCCCUUAGGACCCUGCCCAGCCCCACCCGCCUCUGGACCAACGCUAUUCCAGUUGGCUCCUUCGUCACGGAUCGAUCCGCCCUGAGCAGACGGUGCUAGACGCAGGGGCUGGAGCUGCUCAAAGGAAGCACCACCCCUCAGCCCCAGGGACAGACAAGCUCUUUGCAAACAGAAGUCUGCAGCGCUUUCUAUGUUUCCAGAGUCUGUGCUGUGCCAACUUGUUUUUAAUGAAUUAUACCUAGACUGCCUUGUGAACAAGGAUUUUUCCCUUUUUACAGGUCAGGAAACUGAGGCAGAGAAGACUUCCUGUGGCCGCGUCCUGUCACCCGAAACAAACCACGUCCAUCUCCAUAGUCCCCGGUCUUUGUCUCGAGGGUCAAGGCCCGCUUCCCAUCCCCUUUACCGCAUUCAUUCAGUAGCAUCUCUCUUAGCUACUUUGUCCCUCCCUGAGCUGGCCUCCCCGAUAAGUACCUGGAGCAGCAUUCACUCUGCUGAUGCUCCCCCAUUUCUGUUGGGAAGGAUGAGCUCCUGGAGGAAGCUGAAUUGAGCUUUCCCAGCCAAUCCUCAAUACAAAAUGGAAAAGUACUCCAAGAUUGUCUACGAGCCUGUGCUGGGAGGAAGAAAAAAAAUCCUCGCAGUCUGAUGUGAGUGAGCAAGUGAUGCCCAAACGAACAGUUCGGUCCCCUCGACUUUGCUUUCUCAGUCCAAGUCUAGUGCCGGGGGCACAUCUGCCUACCAGCUGUGUAUGGACCAUUUGGACUGCCCUAUUCACUGGGGAUUUACUCUCCAGCAUCCGUCCCUUUCCCCACCAAGACCCAAUCACCUCACAUUCCCAACAUCUACCACUAUGCAUGCUGCCACGCCCUUUACCUGCUCCCGCAUGUGCAUUCUGCUCCACCCACAAAUCUGGAAAUGAUUUGGCUUUCCCUGUUCCUGACCGACUGUUCUCCGGGGCCGGCAUACAUGCCUGAGUGCUGGAGAAACCAUUCCAGUUGCCCUUUGUGGAGAGGCGGGCCACAUGCCGGGCCCAUUCGCUUCAAUAUCAAUUAGCCCAGGAAAAUUGCACCCUCCUACUUCCUGCAACUAUCACCCGAUACGUGUAAGCCCAGAACCACCGCCUCCCUGAAUCUGCUCUUCCUCUGGGCCCCUUGCUGGCACCCCACCCCACUACCCCCCAUCACAUUUCCUCUCCCCGCUGCCUAGCCACGCACCCUGUCUCUGGAUCUCACAUCUGAGCAAGUGAGUCCAGACAGGUCUUGGCAAUAAUUGACAACUGGAUCAUUUUGUAGGCUCCAGUGCUAUAACGGCUUCUUGUAUAGUGGCGGAGGUAUCUGGCCUGUGAGAUUUGCCUAUGAAACAGUAGCUUUGAGGCUCCAAAUUUCACGAUUAGCAUCACUAAUCCAAACCCUUAUGGUAAGAGGAAAAAAAGAGUACAUUCAGAAGGGGGAUGCAGUUCAGAGAUGUUCACAGUUUGUGGCGGGGAGACCUGAUGCCACAGCUCACCCAACACAAACUGGGCCCCGUUUGAGAAAAAACUCCGGGUGGGUCUUGGACUGCAGUUUCUCCAUUUUGAAGCCCCUUGGGCCCUGGGAUUCCCUCUGGAGACUCCAGCUAUGACCAGAAAAAGAAAGCCCGAUGAUCCCAUGUGAGACUGUCGCAACUUCCUGUCUUUAGAGAGCCCCAAAUAGCUACCACCUCUCCCUUUCUCCUUACCCCCUCUUCCAGGCCCAGUGGCAAAUAAUUGAUAAAGCUUCAUGUCCAGAUUGAAUCUCAAACAAAAUCGACCAUGUGUACUCAUGAUGACUCAGUGGGAGGAGAAAACGGGCAAGGGGCCCCAGAGACCCCCAAUGCUCCCAAGGCAGUAGGAAGGGGUCGGGAGAGGUCUCUGCUGCCCUUUUUGGUGCCCACUGGUUAUAAGGGCCCCCUCAUUCUGCUCCCCUCCCAUCUAUUUCCCCACCUUGAGGGCCAGACCAAGCCUACUGAGCCCAAGUAUUCCUGCAGCCCUAUUCAGACAGCCAUUAGUUGGCAGGCACUUGAAAUGGCUCCUGAUCAUGCCAUCCACUUUUGCCUGGUCCUGCUCCCAUGAGCCAGCAACCUGCCCUCGCUCAUUUCUCACUCUUUCCUGGGAGUAGCUUCAUCUGACACUUUUCCCAGGGAGCCCCAGGAGUUUGAAUCUGUAAAGGAAGCAAAUGGGAUUCAGCAAAGUUGUACUCACCGAGCAAAAGGCCUCAUUAGCGAUUUUAACUGUUAUAAAGUUUUGCUACCUUCCCGGCUAUGCUAAAUUGAGUGCUCGGGUUUCUUUUUUCUCUUUUGUUUGUGUUUUUAAGUUCUAAUGUUCAGAUCACUGCAUUCUGUAUGACUCUCUUAAAAGCCUUAAUUUACUACCACCAAGAAAUAAAGCAAUAUGUUGGUAAUUA